GAGCGUGAGGCUACGCUCGGCCCACGAGCUUAUCUCUUUCCCACUCGUCUCGACUCGUCGUCACCGCCGAUGGCAACUCAACCCCUGCAUCCGCGCCUCUGUGCGGCUUCUCCCCCUCCCAUCUUCCUCCCUCGGGCCUCCGCCUCCCGCCGUUCCUGGGUUCCUCCGCUGCGUCGAGGACCACCGAAUCGGAAGAUGAUCCAUGGAAGAUCCCUGAAUGAUCGAUUUCUUGGCAACAAGGACUACGCCGCGUUAGUCAAGGCCGUGAUUGUGAACGAAGAACCUGACAUUGCAUUUCAACUCGUAAAUGAAUUGAAAUCCAAAGGAUUUAAGCCUGGUUGUGAUGUCCUCUCCGGUUUGAUGCUUUGUUAUGCUAAAAAUGGCUUCUUCAUGCAAGCCCAGGCUUUGUGGGGUGAGAUCAUAAACAGCUCGUUCGAGCCGCGCAUCGAGGUCAUCUGGGAUCUGAUGAAGGCCUAUGCCCAGAUGGGCCAGUUUGAUGAGAUAACUAGGAUUGUCCAUGAGACCACCCUCAGAAAUUUUGGCUUCGGUCCUGAGGUUUACACGAUGGCUGUCUCUUGUUUUGGGAAAGCUGGCCAGCUUCGGUUGAUGGAGGAAGCUGUAAAAGAAAUGGUCUCAAGAGGUUUUAAGGUCAACUCUGUAAGUGGCAACGCUUAUGUUAAGUAUUACAGCAUAUAUGGUUCAAUGGAAGAUAUGGAAGCUGCAUAUGAGCGCUUGAAGAAAUCAAGAAUUCUGAUUGAGAAGGGAGCGAUCCGAGCGAUGGCAUCUGCGUACAUAAACCAAAGACAAUUCUAUAAAUUUGGUGAAUUUCUUCGGGAUGUAGGUCUUGGCAGACGGAAUGUGGGAAAUCUUCUGUGGAACCUACUUUUGCUAUCUUAUGCUGCAAAUUUUAAAAUGAAAAGCUUGCAAAGAGAGUUUCUUGGUAUGUUGGAUGCUGGUUUCUCACCUGAUAUAUCCACGUUCAAUAUCAGAGCAUUGGCAUAUUCAAGGAUGUCUAUGUUCUGGGAUCUCCAUUUGAGCAUCCAGCACAUGAGGUAUAAGCGUGUCAUACCAGAUCUUGUUACAUAUGGUUGCAUUGUGGAUGCCUUCUUGGAGAGAAGGCUUGCAAGAAAUAUUUCCUUUGAAUUACGAAAAUUGGAUGUUGAGGCCACUCCAAUUAUGUUAACUGAUCCGCUAGUUUUUGAGGUCUUUGGUAAGGGUGAUUUCCAUUCAAGCUCCGAGGCUCUAUUAAAAUCCACAAGGCAGAGGGAUUGGACAUAUUCAAAGCUCCUAGCAAUAUAUCUAAAAAAACAAUACAGGAGAAACCAAAUCUUUUGGAAUUAUUGAUGAAAUUCAUUGAUGUUUUCUCAGAAGACAAUGAUGAGGUUGCAACCAGAAUAUCUUUUAGGAGCGAAUGAACUCAGUAAUUUGAGGUUGGAAAGUCACCAAUCACCAUAGGAUUUAUAUACUUGAGCAGAGAAUACAUACAUAAAGUGCACACCAAGAAUGAAACACUCAGGUAUUUCUCAUUCGAGAUUGUUACCAUUCUUUUCCCUUUUAGACUAGAGAACAUUAGCAUUUCAGGUAUGGUUUGAAUGAAAUGGCUGAUUGAUUCAUGUCGUAGCCGUCAGAUUCCUAGUUUUAGCACCGACACUUCAUUUUCCAGAUUUGGCAAGUACAUGUAACAUCGGACAAAAUCAUUUAGUGUGAUAUGUGAUUACUUAGGGAUACUGGUAUGUCUUGUUUGAAGUAAUUAAAAAUAUACAACACAAUUUAACGACACAUGAUGGUAAAUAUAAUGUGUUGUUGCUAAAUGAAGUGGAAGAUCUGUGUGAUUCCAUGCUUUUUGUGUAUCUCAAUUCUUUACAUAUUGUCAUUUUGCACCCAAAUGCCAUACAGGCAGAUGCUUACUUAUAGAAGUUUCAGUGUUAAGGGGCUUGCUUGUUUGCUAGUGUCAACUCUGAAACUGAAUAAGAAUUUUAGGUAUGGUCAUGUUCAAUAUGUAUUAUCACAUUCAGUUGGAAAUUAUAAUCUGUUACUCUAUUGCCUACAGAAACAAUAUGAUCAAAACCAUUAUGUCUAGUGAUCUGCCUGUGAUUGUAACAGGGUUCCUUCCUUAUUGAAGAUAAUCAAUUUUGGUCUCUAGUUAACCAACUUAUAACUUUCUGUGAUGAGCUGUGUUUGUAUUUGAAUGGAAUUCCAGCGAUAUAGAGAUAUCUGACAAUAUUGAUUAAUUCAUGAAUAUAUGCUAAUAAACCAUUCACCUUAAUUCUUCACUAUAUAGGCAUGACAUUGAGUAGUUUUGUUUUUCUUUUCUCAAGCUUGAAAAAUGGUAUGCAGUUUUAUGUUUCUAUUCUAGAAAGUCAUCCAUUUGUACAUAGCAUGUGUCUAAUUAAUUUUUAGCACAAACUACUGAAUACCAUGGAAGACUGGCUUUUUAAGAGGAAUAUAUAGUUUCCUUCCUCCAUUUUUAUUUCUUUCUUUCAUCUCAUAAUCUCAGUCUUUUAUAAGGACUUAAAGAAUAAAGAAGCAAUUAUGUUUUUUGGAUCUUGUGUCAGAAAUGCUGCCUAAAUUUUGAAGUACAACGAAACUAUAGGCAGAAAAGAUGUGGGUUGAUCUAAGUUGAAAUUACACCUUUCAACUUUCAACUUUUUUUAAUAUAUAUACUUUGACAUAACAUGAUAUAAUGUGAACAUGCCAACUUAACAAUUUUGAAAAGUAGGUCACGACAAAACGUGGAUGUGUUAGACAUUAUUCCAACAAUAUAUAUUAAAAAUAUAUAGCCUCAAAAAAACCUAUGAUAAAUAUAAAUAUAGCAUUACCUGAAGCAUAAUAAUCAUUCAGAAAAACAAUUUCCAUUCAGAAAAAUACUUCGGAUUCGUAUAUGAAAUAUUAAAAAGAUUAUUCAGAUCUUAAGACUUCAAAGAAAAUUUUAUACAUAUUGCAAAUAUUCAAUGGUCUAUAAGCCUUGUAUAACUCUUAAUUUUGAUUUACUUUAGGCUUAAUUAUUGUGACAUGUACACUGUUCCAUUCUGAAGAUCACUUUAGAAUUGCCAUUUCCUGUCACAUCAUGGUUAGUAAUUUCACUAUGACUCAAUUUGCAUAGUUGUAUCCUGGUGAUUAGUUUUAUUUUCUUUUGCCUUGUUUUCUGGGGCUGUUUUAUGAAAUUAAGAUAUUUAAAUAUAAUUAGUUUUUAGUUACUACACAUCUUUGUAACAAAACAGAGAACCUUCCCGUUAGCAUUUCUGUAUAGUUUAUCCUUCUUUGGACAUGCAUUACCCUGAUGCUUCCUAAUAUGAAUAAACCAACUGGCUAAUUUGGUUUCUGUCGCCAACUCACCUGCACAGAAAGUUUGAUAUCUACUACUGAUGUUUGACCAUGAGUACUAUUCCAGCAUGCAGUAAUGCUUAUUAUCUUCUGCAAGAACUUCUAGCAUCUCUAGUUCUGGCAACACAACUUUUUGAACAUCCGGUCAAUAUUUACUUCUCAGCUCAGUGCUGAAUAUUUUGGUCGCAGUAUUCUUGUAGGAUGUCUGGUGGAUCGAAGAACUAUGUAUGCAAAUUGAUUUCAUGCAUUGUAUUAUUUGUCAAACAGAGCAGCAGCUCAAGCACGAAAUUUUGAGCCUACAUGUACUGGAAAGAAUAGUUCUUUUAUGUUAUGAUUUAUUGAUUGCUUGUGAUCA